AUGGAGCCACCUGUGGUACGCUUCAGCCCGCGCAGUCGGUUGACUCGGGACUACACGCUGGAUGACCACAUACCCAGCAACCGCGUAAGCGGAGGACCGAUGGGUCUUGAUCCCGACUUCAGCCUUCCACUUCAGCGCCCCGGCUUGGAGCCACGGUCCGACACGAUCAAGUCGACGGACAGCAGAAACAGUGGGAAGCAUGAGCAUGGUACAAGAACUCCGACAGGACGAGAAUCUGCUGAAUCUCGCGACUUGGAGUCAAGCGGACACAAUGGUGACAAAGAGAACCGAGAGCAGCUGCGCAAGCUCGAUUUCAACCUCGAGGCCAUCGAAGAGAAGAGCACGUAUGAGCCCUCGGUCAGCGAGACCGUGUCGCGAGCGUCGCAAAACACCAGCCUCACAACCACGUCGGCCAACAACCGGCUUCCCGACUUCUUCGCCCCCGACGUCUUCCAGGUGGUGCUGCACAACCCUACGACGGCGCAUCAACUACUCAAAUUCAGCCGGUCGAGACUAUGCGGCGAGAACAUGGAGUUUCUCGACAAGGUCGACAAGUACAACAGCCUACUAAACGAGGUGGCCAAAGCCAUGUUUGAGAUCCACCGCGACUACAUCUCGGUCAACGCCGACAACCAGAUCAACAUCCCCGAGAGCUUGCUGAUCAAGGUCAACCGCGACCUCAAGGCCGCCCUUGCCUCGACGCUCCCGAAGCUAGAGACCGUUUUUGUGGACUCGCAGAACGAGAUCGAACGCCUCGUCGCCAUGGACAUCUAUCCGCGGUUCGUGCGCCACCAGAUGACCAUGAGCGCCGCCAAAGCCCUGUCCGGCAAUCGGGCCAAAUACGCCGGACUCGGCGACUGUUUCGUCCUGACCGACCCGGCCAAAGCCGACAACCCCAUCGUAUAUGCCUCGGACGGCUUCGUCAAAGUCACGGGCUACACCCGCAAGGAGAUCAUCCCGCGAAACUGCCGCUUCCUGCAAUGCCGCAACACGGACACAUCGGCCAUCAAGAGGCUGCGCGAGGCCAUCCACGCGCGCCAAGAGUCGGUCGAGUUGCUCCUGAACCAGAAGAAAUCCGGCGAACCGUUCUGGAACCUGCUCUACACGACGCCGCUAUUUGACGCGGCGGGCAACGUCGUCUUCUUCCUCGGCGGCCAGAUCAACUGCUCGACCACCAUCCACAGCGCGUCGGACGUGCUCAGGGUGCUGGCGCAGACCAACGACACGGACGAGGAUGCUGCCAAUGGCAUUAUCUCUGCCGGGGCGUCGAAAAGUUCGUCAUCGCUCAAGAACAGGUUGAGGAACCCUUUCCGGAGUAGAGCCGCGGUCGAGCCCUACCAGUCGCCAGGCAUGGAGGACGGCCUGCUGAACAAGAUCGAGAAGAUGAAUCUGCGCAAGCAGAUGGACACGUUCUACACGGCUUAUUCGAAGUACCUCGUAAUAAACUACACGACAUUCUACAUCUCAUUCCACUCUUCCGGCAUCGCGAGCAUGCUCUACCCUGCCAAACCGAACCCUUACCAGACACGCAACAACACCAACAGCCCAACCCCCAACGUCAAUACUCUCUCCAAGCCUCAACCGCAUCCCCUGUCCCCAUCCAACUCAUACUCCGGCCCAGGUGGCGGUGCACGCUCAGGCCCAGGUUCUUCAAUCGCGGACCAAAUCAUCGGCACGGACAUCUUCCGCUUCCUAGCCAGCCACUCGGCCGGCUCGAAACUCAGCUCGGACUUCAAAGCCCGCGUCCGCGCCGCGCUCAAGCACGGCAACGCCGUCAGUCUGGACGUCACGCUGUGUACGAGGCGGUAUAUGGGGUUUGAAAAGUUCGUGUCGCAUUGGACGCCGUUGAAGGGGGAGAAGGGGGAGGUCGGGUUCGUGGUUGUUGCGUUGGGGGGUGGGGGGGAGUAA